AUGCAAACCUGUCUUAGAGAAUUACCUCUAGAAUACUUUACUGGCAUUACUGAUAAUGGUUGUCCAACAGACUCACACUUUUUGUGUUCUGAUAAUAUGACAUGUAUACCUUACCAUCAUGUUUGUGAUAUCAGCCCAGAUUGUCCCGAUGAAACGGAUGAAACCGAAAACUGUUUUCUCGUACCCACCGAAGCUCGAUGUACGUUCGAGUCUGGGUUCUGUGGAUGGCGGAAUGCGUCGGGUGAAAUGUCUCUGACGUGGAAACUGUACAAAGGCGAUCGACAUAAAUUUACAGGACCGAAAUGGGAUAACACUUUCCGCAACCGAACUGGUACCUACGCUUACGUAGACAUGUCCGGAUCGUCCUAUCUCGGGGCGACUGCGCGUAUGGACAGCAUACAUUUCCACCCACCACCGACGUACUGUUCCGAUACACAGUCGAAAUAUUACAAUUCUUGUUAUGCCGUUGGACACGACCACUAUAUAAUAUGUGGCACCAAACCUAUAAACUAUUAUUUACAGUUUGAAGCUCGAAAACUACUAUCAGUAAAAGGGGAUGUGGCGAUAGAUGAUAUAGCUAUGAGUCCAAAAUGCUUUGGUUUAGAUGUACCAGAAGACGUACUCAAGGGAUACAAGUACGAAGCUGCUGGAACAAUAAAUAAUACGGCCACGCUUACGAAGAUGCCCAUCAAUCCGGAUUUCCGAAACAAAAUCGUUUAUAAAUUUACAACUUGUGGAUCAAAAGGUAGACUGGGCCCUAGUAAUCGAUCGUGCGAAGCUGCAUACACAAAUACUACUGUUUCUGUGAUAGUGGUUAAUGACACAUAUAUGGAUGGAGUACAGAUUUGGCAUGUACCUGAGACGGGAGUAUAUACCAGUAAAGCAAGUGUAUUGCCBAAUUUGCCAUAUAGCUAUGCUAUUUUAAUGUUUCUGAUAGAGGUUGCAUAUAAUUACACCUAUAAACAAUUAAGUAGUCUAAAGUUGGAUGUCAAGUAUCCUUAUCCAAUUGAUCGCGUUGUCGCCUGCUUUGUGGAGUUCUUUCACGUUAAAUGCGUGGAGUGGGCAGUCACUUAUUAUAUGGGAGAUGGACUGAAGUGGGUGGCCACAGUYAUAGUUUGGGUUAUCUCUCAUUUUCCAUUUAUGUAG